UUGGUUAACGGAUGGUUUGUUUACAUGCAAAACGUGAACUGAAACGUGCACUUUAAAUUUAUUAGCUUUAGAUAACCAAACAAUAAAACUGGCAUAUAUGCACCCACCGUGGAUACUUACAUUUUUCACUGAAUUUUGAAGAAAAUGGAUGGGAAGAAAAACGGCGCAAUCAACAGCACAAAUGCCAAUGGUCAUGUUUCAAAUGGAGAUAUAAAUUCGUCCAAAGAGGAACUGAAGCUAUCAUGUUUACAAAAAAUAAGCCACAAGAUUAUUUCCGUUUUGGAAACAGCAUUUUACAGACUAGGAAGAAUAAUUGGUACUCAUCCAUGGAGGGUUAUGAUAAUCGCUACAGUUGUGACAGGACUGAUUUGUAUAGCUGCUCCAUUUACCUUUACUGAGUCUGCAGAUGGUGAUGACACACUCUGGGUUCCUGUCAAUGCUAAAGUUCUAGAUUAUAAAUCAUGGGUAGAAUCAGUAUUUCCAUCAACCGUUAGAUUUGGUACCAUGAUAUUUGUCAGUAACAAUGUACUGACACCUACAGUACUGUCUGCAAUGUGGAGUAUAUACAAUAGCAGUUUAAGCUUGACAACAGGAACAAACAACUUUUCAACACUCUGUAUACAAUCAGGAUCGAACUGUUUGGUUAACAGUAUCUUAGAGUUGUGGAGUUACGAUGAGACAACCAUUUUAGCUUUAUCUCAGGCUGACAUUAAAACAAAAAUUAAUUCUGCAACUUCAAGUCCAAUGUAUUAUAACAGUUAUGAUGUGACAACAGUACUUGGGGGUGAGGUGUAUGAUGGCAGUGGUGAUAUAGACUCAGCUUCAGCUACAAAAAUGACUUGGUUCAUUCAGGGAGAUGAUGCUGUACAGGCCCAAGCAGAAGCCUGGGAGCAACUACUUAUUGAUUUAGGACGAAAUGGCCAUUCAGACAUCAGUAGUACAUACGUGUUUGCUAUAAGAAGCUUUGGUGAUGAAGCUGGGGGUGCCAUUCGAGGAGACAUUGCUUUUCUGUCGGCAGGAUAUGUUAUUGUUAUUGUGUAUAUUACCAUAAUGUUGGGUAAAUUCAACUGUCUUGAACAAAGGUUUGGUCUUGCUAUAGCUGGUGUGGUGGUUGUUGGUAUGUCGAUUGGAAUCUGUUUUAGUCUGGCCUCAUUAUGUGGAUUUGAGUAUGGACCAUUACAUUCAGUUUUACCAUUCCUUUUAUUAGGUAUUGGUGUUGAUGACAUGUUUGUGAUAGUUGGAGCAUUGAAAAAUUUAUCUGAUGAACAACAAAAAUUACCACUAAAUGAGAGAAUUGGGAAAGCUCUUAGACAUUCUGGUGCUUCUAUAACAGUAACAUCACUGACUGACAUCAUGGCUUUCUUCAUUGGAGCUACUACAUUACUGCCUGCCCUGAGGUCUUUCUGUAUCUUUGCUGCAUUUGGAAUAAUAGCUCUGUAUGGUUUGUCAACAACGUUCUUUGUAUCUGCGAUGGCAGUGGAUGUUAAAAGAGCUGCAGCUAGAUUGAAUGCUUGUUGUUGUUUUUAUAAACAUAAACCAGAAUAUAAACCCAACAACUGUAGCCAGAAGGAAUACCUGCCAACAUUUAUACUUAAGUUCUAUGCUCCACAUCUCCUCAAGUUUCCAGUGAAGAUAGUAGUCCUUGUACUUACUGCUGCAUUGUUUGGUUUGACUAUUUGGGGAACUGUUAAUUUAGAACAGAAAUUUGAAGAAAAAUGGUUCCUUCCAUCAGAUUCUUAUGCCUAUGAUUACCUUACAGCAUCAGACAAAUACUUCAGUUCAGGACAAGAACAGGCUGGAGUUUAUUGUAAAAGUAUCGAUUAUUUCAGCAAGAAAACAGAAAUGGAUUCUUUAUACACACAGUUGACAGCCAGUAAUUAUGUUGUUAAUGGAACUGUGGACAGCUGGUUCAAAUCCUAUACAGACUGGCUGUCAACCACAUCUGAUGCUGCUGUUACAGCUCAGAUUGAUGGAACAACAAAAUAUCCUUUAGACUCGACUAAAUUUUAUGACUUAUUGUACCAGUUUGUUACCACGGAGACCACAGGAUUGAGGUUUUCUAGAAAUCUCAAGUUUUCAAAUACUUCAUCAGUCUUAGGACUUACUGGAUCUAAAAUAUCUUUUUACCACCCCAGUGUUAAAGAUACAGUGGAAGGAUUUAAUGUAUUAGAUGGAAUACAGAGUUUAGUAGCAGGGAUAGCUGGUAGUGAUUGCUUUCCUUAUAGUCAAAUACAUCUUACAUGGGAAAGUAAUAAGGUUAUCCGACAGGAAUUGUACCGUAACAUUGCUCUGGCUGCAGUUUGUGUAUUUAUCAUCUGUCUGGUUCUCAUAGCCAACAUAUGGACUAGUUUGAUGGUAUUUUCCUGUGUUGCAUUAACUUUUGUUAAUGUUGGAGGUUUUAUGCAUUUCUGGGGUCUGACUAUAGAUGUUGUCACAUGUGUACAAUUGAUCCUUGCCAUUGGUUUAGCUGUUGAUUAUUCAGCACAUAUAGGUCAUUGUUUUAUGACAUUUCAAGGAGGCAGAAAUGAGAGAGUAAAAGCUACAUUAGUAGAAAUAGGAGGACCAGUUAUCAGUGGUGGUUUCAGUACAUUCCUUGCCUUUGUUUUGUUGGCAGUCAGCAAAAGCUAUGUUUUUACUACAUUCUUUAAGGUGCUAUUUUUAGUUGUGAUAUUUGGCUUGUUCCAUGGAUUAGUCUAUUUACCUGUGUUAUUGAGUAUGAUUGGCCCUGCUGCCUACUUGUCAGCUGACAGACGAUAUCAGCAUGAUCAAAAAGAAAAAGAUGAGGAGAAUGGUGUAGAUAAUUAUGCCAUGGAAAAACAGUUUCCACCCCCUGAUUAUGACAACGAUACAAAAGAUAAAGUUUAUAUACCUCCACCUGACUACACACCACCUAUGACAAGAAAAUAUAGCAACAGAGUUUCACCAGAAAAAAGAUGAAUAUCAUGGAUUUUUGGAAUUGGACUAAAACAGAUUUGACUACUAUUAGUCUCAAUAGAUACAUUAUCAGCAUUAUCACUGCAGAAUCUCAUUAGAUAUGGUUGCUGUGACCUAUAUCACUGUAGAAUCUCAUUAGAUAUGGUUGCUGUGACCUAUAUCACUGUAGAAUCUCAUUAUAUAUGGUUGCUGUGACCUAUAUCACUGUAGAAUUUCAUGAGAUAUGGUUGCUGUGAUCUGUAUCACUGCAGAGUCUCAUUUGAUGUGGUUGUGGUGACCAAUAUCACUGUAGAAUCUCAUUAGAUAUGGUUGCGGUGACCUAUAUCACUGCAGAAUCUCAUUAGAUAUGGUUGUGGUGACCAAUAUCACUGUAGAAUCUCAUUAGAUAUGGUUGCUGUGACCUAUAUCACUGUAGAAUCUCAUUAUAUAUGGUUGCUGUGACCUAUAUCACUGUAGAAUUUCAUUAGAUAUGGUUGCUGUGAUCUGUAUCACUGCAGAGUCUCAUUUGAUGUGGUUGCUGUGAUCUGUAUCACUGUAGAAUCUCAUUAGAUAUGGUUGUCGUGAUCAAGAAGAAAAAGCUAAUUUGAACGUCAUUUUAUGGUCAGUAAAAAUUAAAACAUUUCAGGCUUGCCAUUUAUGUUGUGCCAGCAAAUUCCUAGUUUUUGCAUAAUGAUAAUAUUUUUGUCAUGGGUUGAUGUGAAAAGAAUCUAUUUAUACAUAUCAAAAAGGUCUGUGUUGUCUAUUGAUAGCAGAUUAUGGAUGCUUAACAUUUUGUCGAAACUUAUACCUCUCUUGAAGUAAUUGAUAAUCAUUCUGUUCAUGUGAUUGCAACAUAUACUAGUUGUUUGAGCUUAUUUAUUUGGCAUAUUUUUAUGCAUGGAAUAUCAGAAUUAGAAUAUAUUUUUUGUAGUAGUAGUAAUUUAUUUAUUGUUUUGUUUUGUUUUAAUUCUUAUAUUUUGUUAUAUGUUGAUUUAUAUUUGUGUCCAACUAAAAAAGAGAAAAUUAAUAUUAAAUUGUUAAUAAAUGUUAAAUUAUUGAAUCUUUUAGAAUUGUUUGAAUUAUUAGAGAAAAAAAUUCUAAAAUUGAGAGUAAAUUGGCAAAGUUAAAUAGUUUGCAUUCAAUGCUAAAUUUUAUCAUUUGAGACAUAAAAAAUAUUUGAAUAACUCUGCCCUAAAAUUGAAAAUAUGCGGCUUUGUAAAUUUGUGUCUCUAACAAAGAUUUAGGAAUUGUGUAUCUCAAAUAUCUACAAUUUCAAUGUCAACUACACCAUUUACAAUUUAAUUUUGUUAAUAAUAUACCAUUGAGAUUAGAUGCAUAAUAUGUCAACCUUUCUCAUGAUGCAAUCUCUUUUAUGACUGAAAAAUCAUAAUGAAUAGCAAAGUAUUAAAAAGCUAUAGAGUUUAAUUGCAUAAUAAUAUAUUUUUUCAUUUCUUAAUUGUGAUAUUUUGUAAAUUGUCCCAGAUACCAUUAAAAACUCUUGUUCAGGAAACAACACCCUUCUGAUCUAAAACUAUUGCAGUAUGAGCUUUAUAGAAAUCAGAGAUUUCCACAAUAACAAAUAUUUUUAUACUCAGAAAACAUAUUAAAUUUUUUACACAAAGAGUUGUUUGAAAUAUUAAUCUACAAAGGUGAAGUUUUGAUAUAAACAUUAUAUUUCAAAGGAAGCACAACACUAUGGGAAGAUAACAAAAUAUAGCACUAGAAUAUUAUAAAUGUUCACAAAAAAACCUUUGUAUGCCAAUUGAAUAUAAUCUAUGUGCAAGGAAGAAGGAUUUCUGUUGUAUGUCAGUAGAACAUUUUAAUAACUGUACCUGGAAUUUAAAAGCUUUGCAUUUACCUGAACCAUAUUAAUUCAUGCAGAAAAUUUCUUGCUUCAAUUUGAAUACCUAAUGUUUGAGUGUAAUAAGAAUUUUCCUAUUCCAUUAAUGGAUUAAACAAAGUCCAGUAAAAAAAUCCUGAAAGUUAAAAGAUAUGAAGAUUUGUUGAUGUUGUUAUAUUUCCAUUUGAAAUAGAACAUGUUUGUAUUACGCUUUAUUGUGUUGUUGCAUGGGUAUACAAUAGAACUACCUGCCAUAAUAGAAUCUCUUGAGAUUUAUAUAUUUUUAUGACAAUCUGUGAUAUAUGUUAUACAUAAUUGUUUUUGUCCAAUACUUUCUUUGCAUUAUGACUUGUUUUGGUAAUUUGGUCAUUAAGUGCCUUAUUUAACACUUUUCUUUGCUUAUUUAACAAUAAUUUCAUCACCUCAUUCUUAUUAUUACAAAUUAAUGGCUUUUUUGUAUUUUCCUAUUUUUGUAGGUGAGUGAAGCAUUACCAAUUAUGACUUUUUUUUUAUUGAGUUUUUUACAUACUUUUUAUUUUGAAAUGAAAUCCAGUAAUAUUGUAUUGAAUCCAUUUAUACUCAAUUUCUUCUUUUUUAAUUUUUAUACAUUUUAAAAACUUUCUUAUAUUUGCAUGAGUUAUUAAGAUGAUAUUUUUGAAAUGUAAAGUACAGAUCUAAAAAAACACUAAUCAUAGUUAUUACAGCAUUAAUUGAAUUUCAUUGGUUUUGAAGACAGGAACCCUAUAAUACAAUAAAUUUUCAAAGAAAACUAAUUUGACAAGUCCAAACAAUAUACAUGUUUGACAUUGUUCUGUCAUACCAUGUCAUGCAUUUAACUUUACAUGUAUUAUGUUAGUUUGACUUGUGUAUACAUGUAAGUACAUUUGUAAAUUAUAUCUAACAGAUUGUGCUGUACUAGGAUAACACCUUUUUAUUUGGAUAUUGAUUAAUAUUUCUAUUGUAUAAAUAUAACAUGCACAAGAAACUAACAUUCUAGGAUACUAUAACAGAUUCAAUAACUUAACAUCCAAAGACCAUUAAGCAGAAUCAACAAUUUAGCAUUCCAAAGACCACCAAGCAGAUACCAAAAUUAAACAUUCCAGUACCACUAAUCAGACUCAAUAAGUCAAUCUCAUUGGAACACAAAACAAAGACAAUAAUGUUGUUCAAGUACUACCAACCAGACUCAAAGGGUCAAACUCAGGGGACCACAAAACAAAGACAAUAAUGUUGUUCAAGUAUAACCAACCAGACUCAAGGGUCAAACUCAGGGGACCACAAAACAAAGACAAUAAUGUUGUUCAAGUACUACCAACCAGACUCAAUGGGUCAAACUCAGGGGACCACAAAACAAAGACAAUUAUGUUGUUCAAGUACUACCAACCAGACUCAAUGGGUCAAACUCAGGGGACCACAAAACAAAGACAAUAAUGUUGUUCAAGUAUAACCAACCAGACUCAAAGGGUCAAAUUCAGGGGACCACAAAACAAAGACAAUAAUGUUGUUCAAGUACUACCAACCAGACUCAAUGGGUCAAACUCAGGGGACCACAAAUCAAAGACAAUAAUGUUACUAUAUACCACCAACCAGACAAGACAAUCUCAGGGGAUCAAAAAACAAUGACACUAAUUUUACAUCCCAGGACUUGUCAACCAGAUACUAUUAUUGAACGUAAAAGUAAUUCAAAAAGUUUGAUUUUAAAAAACAUAGUCAUUUACUAAUUCUGUUUAAAGGUAGUUCAAUACAACAGUUAUAAAUUUUAGCUCCUCUUGCCCCAAAAAGGUAAGAGUUAGUUUAUGUCAUACUUUGAAUACUCACAUAAACCUAAGUGGACAGAUGAAACAAUAAAGGUGAAGGUCUCUCUUGUUGCUUAUUUUACUAUAUAUAUAUAUAAAUUGAUCAGAAAUGGGGAAAAAAAAGUAUGGUACCGUUUUUUAUUUCUGAAUUUAGAUGUUGAAAGAAAAGGCUUUUAGAAAUUGCAAAUUUAAGUUGUGGAGUGAUGGUUGUUCGUCAAAAAGGAGAUUUGCUGGAUUUCAGCAGUACAAAUUAUUAGAAAGCAAAGGAGUCUGAAAAAACUUACCAAUAGUCACUAAAUGUACUUUUUGCAAGAAGAUUUUUAAAAAGAAUUUUUUAUUCUGUAAAUAAGCGAAACUUUCAUAUACAUAUAAUAAAAGGGCCAGUUUUUCUGCAAAUGACACUUGAUAUUUUUGCUUUGCUUUGCACUUUCACUUUCAACUGCUUUCAAUAGCUUUAAAAUAUCAGCCACCCUGUUGUUGCCUCUUGUGGUUCAAUUUGCAUAAAUAAUGUGAAUAUAAUGUUGAACAAAAAAUUUCAUGAAAAUAUCAUAGUUUCACUUAGUAAGGGAAAAUCAAGUCUUUCCACUUUUUGCAUUAUAAAAACUUAACAUGUUUUUAUAAUGACGCCUCAUAUGUUUAAAUCAUCUAGAAAUAAAAAAAAAUUAUUUUCGAAAGUAAGUUGAAAGCAGUACAAUGUAUAACAAAACAUUUUUAUUAUGCUACCUUUAUUUAUUUUACAUUCUUUAUUUUUAUAAUUUCCUUUGAUUUAUAUAUACAGGUGGUUGGUUACCACCAUAUAACAGAAAGGCCCAUCUGCUUAAGGAUCAAGUAUUUAAAGCAAGAUUGUGAAAGUUUAUAUGCGUUCUUUCUUAUUUAAUAUGCAGUGACAUACUAUAGUUAUUAUUUUCGAAUGAGAUUAAUAUUGUCAAACUUGCCACAUUUUUAUUUAUAAUUUGUUAUACAUAUUUUCACUAAAUCCUGGUGAUACGAGUAGAUAAACUAAUUUAUUGUAUUCUCAAUUUAAUUGCACUAAUUAUACAUCUGUAGACUGUAUCACUCGUUUAUAUUUAUGUUGCAUCAAUAGAUAUGUGUGAAAUUGCAAACCUAACUGAAAUAGUUUACAUAGAAGGUAGCAUCUUUACAUACAUGCUGAAUUGAAAACAGACCAAAGCUUGUCAGCAGGUGGUUUUGAUCAUACUAUAGUUUGCUUUGACAGCAGUCAUCUAGAAUUCUGUCUUUGCUACCCUUUGCUUUGAUGCCAUCUGAUAUGCUUACCCUAACAAAAAUCUUUACAAGAUGUUUUCUUCGGAAAUAUUAAAUGUAUUCACAGUAAACUAUGCCUUGCAUUCACUGACAAGCUUAGAAAAUCUAGCAUUAUUAAAUUUUGCCAUAAUUUACCAUUAUUAGGUCUUAUGAAACUUAAUCCUUUUCUGUUGUAUCAUCUAGAUGUUAUGACAAUGUAAUUGUUAUCAGAAUUCAUUGGGGAAGCUGCCCAUUUGGCAAUGUUGCAGGUUUUUUUUAAUACAGCACAUAUAAUUGUAUUGUUCAUGUUUUAAUAAAAGGAAAAUAAUUACUA